AUGGCAACCAAAACAACCCAAACUCUCUCCUUACCCUUCAAAACACGUUUUCAAGUCUCAGUCCUCAGCUUCGUCACGGACAUCGUCCGUCGCAAUAACGGCACCAUCAACCGCCGUAUUAUUAACCUUCUAGACCGCCGUGUACCUCCCAACCCAACCCCGUACAACUCCGUCUCCACUCACAACGUUGUUUUCGACCCUUCCAACAACCUCUGGUUCCGCCUCUUCGUCCCUCACCAUACCGACGCCGUUGCAUCCCUCCCGGUCAUCGUCUUCUUCCACGGCGGAGGCUUUUCACUCCUCAGCGCCGCUUCUAAUGUUUACGACGCUGUCUGCCGCCGCUUCGCUCGUAAACUUAACGCCGUCGUUUGCUCAGUCGAGUACCGUCUCUCGCCGGAGCACAAACUUCCCUGCCAGUACGACGACGGUUUCGCUGUCCUCAAAUUCCUCGACAAUCCUCAAAACCUUCGCGACAUCCCUCACUGGCCAGAAAACGCUGAUGUAUCGACCGUCUUCAUCGCCGGAGAUUCAGCCGGCGGUAACCUCGCGCACCACCUCACUGUCAACUACGCCAAAUCCUCCUCCUCCUUCAAUCUCCUCAAAGUUGCCGGGCUCAUCAACAUCCAACCGUAUUUCGGCGGGAAGGAACGAGUCGACUCAGAAGUUGAACUCGAAGGGAUGCCAGUAGUUUCGAUGGAGAGAACUGAGUGGUUAUGGAAGGCUUUCUUGCCAGAAGGACAAGAUUGCGAUCAUUGGGCCGUGAAUGUAAGUGGGCCCAAUGCGGUGGAUAUAAGUGGGCUUAAACUCCCACCCAUAUUAUUGUUUGUUGGUGGGUUUGACCCGUUGAAGGAUUGGCAAAAGAGGUAUUAUGAAUGGUUGAGAAGGAAUGGAAAAGAUGUGAAGUUGGUGGAGUAUUCUACUGCAAUUCAUGCUUUCUACGUUUUUCCGGAAUUGCCUCAGGCUAAUUUGUUGUUUGCUGAGAUUAAAGAGUUUAUUAUUAAGAAGCAAAAUUCUACAGUUAGGUGA